AUGUGUAGCCUGAGAAUGGCGCUGCUGUGUGUGGUUGUGGCCUUUGCCCUGACUCUGCAAGGCCCCUGCCCCAGUGUGUGUGCCCCUCAGGGGGGGCCGGAGCCAGACGAACAGCCCUAUGACCUGGAUGAAUUUGAUAUGAAUGGAGAGACAGACUGGGAAAACCUGGACCUCAAUGGAGAAAACUAUGACUAUGAAGACCUAGACCAAGAGGUGAGAAAGAGAGGAGGGGAGAGACUAUCAGAGGGUGAGAAAGAAGAGGAAGGAACGAGAGAGGAGAGGCAAGAUAAAGAGAGAAGAAAAUUAAGAGUGGACAAUAGGGGAGAGAGGAAUGGGUGUGAGAGGGAAGGGAAGGAAUAAUGGGUGUGGAAGAAGGGAAAGGAGAAAGAGUGGCUGAGAGAGGUGAAUUGGUCAAUCUACUAAUGUACUCUUCUCUGUGAGAGCAGAUCGAGGUGGGGACGGUGGCCCCCCCUGCUCCUGAGACCCCUCCCCCGGCCAACGUGCCCCCUCCUGAGUAUGAGGAGGAGGUGACCCUGCCCCCCAGGCCGAUCCCUCCCCUGGCUCCAGUAACUCUGGACUUCAAAGGACCAGGCCUGUUUGGACCUGACACUGGCCUGGGUGAGCCAUGUGUGAGUGUGUGUGUGUGUGUGUGCAUGCGUGCACGAAAUGUCAUCUCUCUCUGUGCAGGUAUACCUCCGUGUCUGCUGUGUGUAUAAUAAUAAUAAUAAUAAUAAUAAUAAUAAUAAUAAUAAUAAUAAUAUAUGCCAUUUAGCAGACAUUUUAUCCAAAGUGACUUACAGUCAUGCAUGCAUACCAGCGUGUGUGUGUGUAAUGUUCUCUCUGUCUCUGUGCAGGUAUGCCUACAUGUUUGCUGUGUGUGUGCAUCAGUGGAAGUGUGUAUUGUGAUGAUGCUGACCUGGAGCAGAUUCCUCCACUGCCUAAAGACACCACACAUUUCUACGGCCGCUUCAACAGUAUCAGACACGUCAAGAACACUGACUUCAUCAACCUCAGUAAGAUACAUGCACACACACAGGCACGGAGGCAUGCACACACACACACACACAAACACAAACACAUUUACGCAGCCAUGCACACAUGCACACAUUAAAUUGUGCAUAAGAGCAUUUUUAAAUUGUUAACCUCUAAGCCGUUGGGGUGGUGGGGGUGGGAGUUCUACUAAGCUAACAUGGAUUUGUUUUAAGAUGGUCCUACCCAAUGUUCUCUCUCAUUUUUUCGGCACUGAACAAAUUUCAGGUCUGCUGAGCGCAAACUUGAACAUUGUGAAAUUUCUGUUCAACUUCCCGCGGGUGUUUACUGUGAACACUGAGGAUGUACCCGCUUUAAGUUACAGGUUUAAUAGUGGCCAAGUCAGCUGCUGUGGCUAUUUGAUCAUUAUGUAGGCCUAACAGAGUGGCCUACCAUCAAAAACAAUGGAUAAAAAUGCAUCCCCUAACAUUUUAGCAUAGAAAUAGCUGUUCUAUCAUUCAGCCUACAGUAGCAGCAAAUGUGUGGUGUUCAAUGUAGGCCUACCAUGAGACUUUUGAAAAAAAACAUGCACGGCUUGAUAUUAACCUGUUUAUCCACUUGUCCUUCAGACAAGGCGGUGACUGAAAAUGUUGUGUUGUCUGAUGCAAGAAACCACUUUACAAAAUAAAAAUCAUUAUUAUUGCCAUACCAUUAUUACAGAGAAUCAGACAAAUUAUGUUACCCUCUGCCUAUUGGCUACUUAGCUUAUUUAAGACAGUCUCAAAAUACAACACUGCCCCUUUAAGAUAUAAAAGCUGUUUACCUGACUUGCCUGAUAUAAGAUAUAAAAGCUGUUUACCAAAGAUUUUGUGCUCUUGUAGGAAGCAACCACUCCUGCACUGUUGACUACAAAUGAGCUAUAACUGGGCUAAUAACUCACUAAAUAGCAAAUAAUAUAAACAAAUGUGCACAGGUGGCUACAUGCAGCUCUCGCUUUGAUCUCAAAACAAGUGCAUCUACUCUCGACCGCUCAUGCACAGAUCCAUACAGUGAGGGAAAAAAGUAUUUGAUCCCCUGCUGAUUUUGUACAUUUGCCAACUGACAAAGACAUGAUCAGUCUAUAAUUUUAAUGGUAGGUUUAUUUGAACAGUGAGAGACAGAAUAACAACAAAACAAAAAUGUUAUAAAUUGAUUUGCAUUUUAAUGAGGGAAAUAAGUAUUUGACCACUCUGCAAAACAUGACUUAGUACUUGGUGUCAAAACCCUUGUUGGCAAUCACAGAGGUCAGACGUUUCUUGUAGUUGGCCACCAGGUUUGCACACAUCUCAGGAGGGAUUUUGUCCCACUCCUCUUUGCAGAUCUUCUCCAAGUCAUUAAGGUUUUGAGCCUGACGUUUGGCAACUCGAACCUUCAGAUCCCUACACAGAUUUUCUAUGGGAUUAAGGUCUGGAGACUGGCUAGGCUACUCCAGGACCUUAAUGUGCUUCUUCUUGAGCCACUCCUUUGUUGCGUUGGCCGUGUGUUUUGGGUCAUUGUCAUGCUGGAAUACCCAUCCACGACCCAUUUUCAAUGCCCUGGCUGAGGGAAGGAUUUGACGGUACAUGGCCCCGUCCACCGUCCCUUUGAUGCGGUGAAGUUGUCCUGUCCCCUUAGCAUAAAAACACCCCCAAAGCAUAAUGUUUCCACCUCCAUGUUUGACGGUGGGGAUGGUGUUCUUGGGGUCAUAGGCAGCAUUCCUCCUCCUCCAAACACGGCGAGUUGAGUUGAUGCCUAAGAGCUCCAUUUUGGUCUCAUCUGACCACAAAACUUUCACCCAGUUCUCCUCUGAAUCAUUCAGAUGUUCAUUGGCAAACUUCAGACGGGCAUGUAUAUGUGCUUUCUUGAGCAGGGGGACCUUGCGGGCACUGCAGGAUUUCAGUCCUUCACGGCAUAGUGUGUUACCAAUUGUUUUCUUGGUGACUAUUGUCCCAGCUGCCUUGAGAUCAUUGACAAGAUCCUCCCGUGUAGUUCUGGGCUGAUUCCUCACCGUUCUCAUGAUCAUUGCAACUCCACGAGGUGAGAUCUUGCAUGGAGCCCCAGGCCGAGGGAGAUUGACAGUUAUUUUGUGUUUCUUCUAUUUGCGAAUAAUCACACCAACUGUUGUGACCUUCUCACCAAGCUGCUUGGCGAUGGUCUUGUAGCCCAUUCCAGCCUUGUGUAGGUCUACAAUCUUGUCCCUGACAUUCUUGGAGAGCUCUUUGGUCUUGGCCAUGGUGGAGAGUUUGGAAUCUGAUUGCUUCUGUGGACAGGUGUCUUUUAUAAAGGUAACUUAGAAAUAGGUGCAUUCACCUUAUAGCCAGUGGGAUAACCACUUUUGCAAAGUUAUUUUUUAUUUUUGUCUUUUUUGUUUAAUAUUUUUUAAUUAGUUUGUUAGUUAAUUCUUUUUUUUUUUUUUUUUUGUGGGGGGGGUGGGGUGUGGGUUGGAGUAAAGGAGGGGGGGUAGAAGGAUUACUUUAUCCUAUCCCAGGUAUUCCUUAAAGAGGUGGGGUUUCAAAUGUCUCCGGAAGGUGGUGAGUGACUCCGCUGUCCUGGCGUCGUGAGGGAGCUUGUUCCACCAUUGGGGUGCCAGAGCAGCGAACAGUUUUGACUGGGCUGAGCGGGAACUAUGCUUCCGCAGAGGUAGGGGAGCCAGCAGGCCAGAGGUGGAUGAACGCAGUGCCCUCGUUUGGGUGUAGGGACUGAUCAGAGCCUGAAGGUACGGAGGUGCCGUUCCCCUCAACUCCGUAGGCAAGCACCAUGGUCUUGUAGCAGAUGCGAGCUUCAACUGGAAGCCAGUGGAGUGUGCGGAGGAGCGGGGUGACAUGAGAGAACUUGGGAAGGUUGAACACCAGACGGGCUGCGGCAUUCUGGAUGAGUUGUAGGGGUUUAAUGGCACAGGCAGGGAGCCCAGCCAACAGCGAGUUGCAGUAAUCCUGAUGGGAGAUGACAAGUGCCUGGAUUAGGACCUGUGCCGCUUCCUGUGUAAGGCAGGGUCGUACUCUCCGAAUGUUGUAGAGCAUGAACCUACAGGAUCGGGUCACCGCCUUGAUGUUAGCGGAGAACGACAGGGUGUUGUCCAGGGUCACGCCAAGGCUCUUCGCACUCUGGGAGGAGGACACAACGGAGUUGUCAACCGUGAUGGCGAGAUCAUGAAACGGGCAGUCCUUCCCCGGGAGGAAGAGCAGCUCCGUCUUGCCGAGGUUCAGCUUGAGGUGGUGAUCCGUCAUCCAUACUGAUAUGUCUGCCAGACAUGCAGAGAUGCGAUUCGCCACCUGGUUAUCAGAAGGGGGAAAGGAGAAGAUUAGUUGUGUGUCGUCAGCGUAGCAAUGAUAGGAGAGGCCAUGUGAGGAUAUGACAGAGCCAAGUGACUUGGUGUAUAGCGAGAAUAGGAGAGGGCCUAGAACUGAGCCCUGGGGGACACCAGUGGUGACAGCACGUGGUGCGAAGACAGCUUCUCGCCACGCCACUUGGUAGGAGCGACCGGUCAGGUAGGACGCAAUCCAAGAGUGAGCAGCGCCGGAGAUGCCCAGCUCGGAGAGGGUGGAGAGGAGGAUCUGAUGGUUCACAGUAUCAAAGGCAGCAGACAGGUCUAGAAGGACAAGAGCAGAGGAGAGAGAGUUAGCUUUAGCAGUGCGGAGUGCCUCUGUGACACAGAGAAGAGCAGUCUCAGUUGAAUGACCAGUGUUGAAACCUGACUGGUUUGGAUCAAGAAGGUCAUUCUGAGAGAGAUAGCAAGAGAGUUGGCUAAAGACGGCACGCUCAAUAGUUUUGGAGAGAAAAUAAAGAAGGGAUACUGGUCUGUAGUUGUUGACAUCAGAGGGAUCGAGUGUUGGUUUUUUGAGAAGGGGUGCAACUCUCGCUCUCUUGAAGACGGAAGGGACAUAGCCAGCGGUCAAGGAUGAGUUGAUCAGCGAGGUGAGGUAAGGGAGAAGGUCACCGGAGAUGGUCUGGAGAAGAGAGGAGGGGAUGGGGUCAAGCGGGCAGGUUGUUGGGCGGCCUGCCGUCACAAGUCGCAAGAUUUUAUCUGGAGAGAGAGGGGGAGAAAGAAGUCAAAGCAUAGGGUAGGGCAGUGUGAGCAGGACCAGCAGUGUCAUUUGACUUAACAAACGAGGAUCGGAUGUCGUCAACCUUCUUUUCAAAAUGGUUGACGAAGUCAUCCACAGAGAGGGAGGAGGGGGGAGGGGGGGGGGGGGGGGGGGGAUUCAGCAGGGAGGAGAAUGUGGCAAAGAGCUUCCUAGGGUUAGAGGCGGAUGCUUGGAAUUUAGAGUGGUAGAAAGUGGCCUUAGCAGCAGAAACAGAUGAAGAAAAUGUAGAGAGGAGGGAGUGAAAAGAUGCCAGGUCUGCAGGGAGUCUAGUUUUCUUCCAUUUCCGCUCAGCUGCCCGGAGCUCUGUUCUGUGAGCUCGCAAUGAGUCAUCAAGCCACGGAGCUGGAGGGGAGGACCGAGCCGGCCGUGAGGAUAGGGGACAUAGAGAGUCAAAGGAUGCAGAAAGGGAGGAGAGGAGGGUUGAGGAGGCAGAAUCAGGAGAUUGGAGGGAGAAGGAUUGAGCAGAGGGAAGAGAUGAUAGGAUGGAAGAGGAGAGAGUAGCGGGAGAGAGAGAGCGAAGGUUGCGACGGCGCAUUACCAUCUGUGUAGGGGCAGAGUGAGAAGUGUUGGAGGAGAGGGAGAGAGAAAAGGAUACAAAGUAGUGGUCGGAGACUUGGAGGGGAGUUGCAGUGAGAUUAGUAGAUUACCUGUAGCUAGUAGAUUACCUCAGCUCAUUACCUGUAUAAAAGACACCUGGGAGCCAGAAAUCUUUCUGAUUGAGAGGGGGUCAAAUACUUAUUUCCCUCAUUAAAUGCAAAUCAAUUUAUACAAUUUUUGACGUGUUUUUCUGGAUUUUUUUGUAGUUAUUCUGUCUCUCACUGUUCAAAUAAACCUACCAUUAAAAUUAUAGAUUGAUCAUUUCUUUGUCAGUGGGCAAACGUACAAAAUCAGCAGGGGAUCAAAUACUUUUUUCCCUCACUGUAUAUGGCAAUGGUUAUUUGCAUAUAGGCCAACUGCUUCUCUGAUUGGUUAUGGCGCACUGGUCUGUGUAGAGUAGAUCCCUGAGUCCUGCAUGUCAAUGCAAUAGAAUCCUACUCCAAUGCGCUCUGCCUACAAAAAAAGAUCUUGCACAGUUAGUUUUGCAUACUAAGUCUUGCAUAGUUCAUUUUGUUUCGGUAUGUUACAUUGAAAGUGGCUAAUAUUUGGUUUAUUUAUGUUUUAUUUUCCGUGAAAGCAGACUCCCGAAAUAAACAUCCAGCUUUCUAAAAUAAUAUUGCAGCCUUCUACAAAUUGACAUCUAACCAGCCAUAUAUUGAUUAUUCCAAGUUUCUGUGUGGUCUUUGUCUAAUGUAUGUUUACCCAAUACAUGUUUAACCAAUACAUGUUUAACCAGUACCAUAUUAGAAUGUUCAUACAGCCAGACUGCAAGCGCACGUCCUAAGAAAUAAUUGCUGAGCGAAAUUUGUUUCCUACCACUUAUUUUCUGCGAUCUUGCAUUUAUAUAGCAGCAUCUUACAUGACAUAUUCAGUGCCUUCGGAAAGUAUUCAGACCCCUUGACUUUUCCCACAUUUUUUAAACGUUACAGCCUUUUUCUAAAAUGGAUUAAAUAUAAAAAAAUCUCUGCGAUCUACACACAAUACCCCACAAUGACAAAGUGAAAACAGGUUUUUAAAUGUUUGCACAUUUAUUCCAAAAAAAAAACAGAAAUACCUUAUUUACAUAAGUAUUCAGACCCUUUGCUAUGAGACUCGAAAUUGAGCUCAGGUGCAUCCUGUUUCCAUUGAUCAUCCUUGAGAUGUUUCUACAACUUGAUUAGAGUCCACCUGUGGUAAAUUCAAUUGAUUGGACAUGAUUUGGAAAGGCACACACCUGUCUAUAUAAGGUCCCACAGUUGACAGUGCAUAUCAGAGCAAAAACCAAGCCAUGAGGUCGAAGGAAUUGUCUGUAGAGCUCCGAGACAGGAUUGUGUCGAGGCACAGAUCUGGGGAAAAGUACCAAAAAAUGUCCCCAAGCAUUGAAGGUCCCCAAGAACACAGUGGCCUCCAUCAUUCUUAAAUGGAAGAAGUUUGGAACCACCAAGACUCUUCCUAGAGCUGGCCGCCCGCAAUCAAGGGAGAAGGGCCUUGGUCAGGGAGUUGACCAAGAACCCGAUGGUCACUCUGGCAGAGCUCCAGAGUUCCUCUGUGGAGAUGGGAGAACCUCCAAGAAGGACAACCAUCUCUGCAGCACUCCACCAAUCAGGCCUUUAUGGUAGAGUGGCCAGACGGAAGCAACUCCUCAGUAAAAGGCACAUGACAGCCUCCUUGGAGUUUGCCAAAAGUCACCUAAAGACUCUCAGACCAAUGGAAACAAGAUUCUCUGGUCUGAUGAAAUCAAGAUUGAACUCUUUGGCCUGAAUGCCAAGCGUCACGUCUGGAUGAAACCUGGCACCAUCCCUACGGUGAAGCAUGGUGGUGGCAGCAUCAUGCUGUGCGGAUGUUUUUCAGCAGCAGGGACUGGGAGAAUAUUCAGGAUCGAGGCAAAGAUGAACGGAGCAAAGUACAGAGAUCCUUGAUGAAAACCUGCUCCAGAGCUCUCAGGACCUCAGACUGGGGCGAAGGUUCACCUUACAACAGGACAACGACCCUAAGCACACAGCCAAGACAACGCAGAAGUGGCUUCAGGACAAGUCUCUGAACGUCCUUGAGUGCAGUGGUGACCCAUCAUUCAGGGCAGGUGGGGCAUAAAAUAACAGGGGUUUGCCUGUUUAGCAUGUUAUUUUGGCAUUAAUACGUGUGACAUAUCAGUUUGCAAACAGUGUAAAAAAUAAAUAUUCAUUGAGUUAAUAAAGCCGCAUACAAAAAUGCGUUCUUGAGUAAGGCAGCUCCAAAAUGCAGGUGUUUCAGCCUAGCUCAGUACUUUCUGUGGUGGUGGUGGGGCAGCAUGCGGAAAAUACGGAGCGUAGGGUUUGGGAAUGAUCUCUAGUUGCGCCGUGAUUGACUUAGUGUUCUGUCACUCAUGGGGACACUACGUCACCGCCAAGUCUAAGGGUAGAGCUAGAAAAUUCAAGCCCCUUGGGUGCUGCCAUAGAGUUACAUUAAAGUGCCCAUCCAAGAAGGCUCAAGUUCAUUUGCCACAGAUAAAAUGACGUCAAAGCACGUUAUAUCUAGCUUUGAUUGGACUGAUCAUGUCAAUGUCAUACUUUCAAAAUCUUAGCUAGCAGUCAUCAUCAUGAAUCAAGUCGACAAUCUACUGGCAAAUCCUUUUUAAUUCUUGUCAUAUGAAGAGAAAUAAUGAAGAGAAAUGAAUGGCUAAUCGGCCAUUGGACAUAAACAUUACACAACAAGUUGGAAAUGGCAAAUUCAAAAAUGAGGGGUUUGGAAGGAAUCAGUGGCUAACUGCAAGCAUUGCAAAGCAAUCACUAGCCUGCUAUUCAGCGCGUGGCUGUGUGGUCCCAAGUCUGGGAUUAAGGGUCUCUUUUCCAAGCUUAAAAUUAUAAACAUUCAACAUUGGCCAUGCUGUCAAUGAAGCACGAUUUGUGCCGAGCUCAAAACAACUGUUAACUCGAAAUCUGACUUCAGUGAGUUCAAGACAACUGGGAACUCGGGAAAAAACGAGCUCAGACUGGGAAAAUACGUUUUGAACGGUCAUCAAACUCGGAAAUGUAAAUCGGGAACUCGGGCCUCUUUCAUCAUCAUUCAAUCUUGUUUUUUUCCGAGUUCCCAGUUGUCUUGAAAGCACCAUAAAUCCAGAGAAUGCCAGACUUUGAUGACAAAGUUUGAUGACAAAAUCUGCCCACGAAGGACCACCGUGCCACCUUCCUGUUCAAGUGAGCACAGCACAACAAGGUGAGUCCAAACAUAUAUUGUAUGCUGCUGCAUAAAUGAUGUAAUAAGCCAGGGAGAUAUGUAUACUGUAGCUAAGAAUGUAAUACUAAGUGUAUGUUGUGUAGUAAGCUGUUAGUAGCCCAUGUGCCUCACCCUAAUAAUUUGGUAUAUUUUCCCCUCCCAAUUUCGCCUACUGUUCUGACUUGGUGGUGCACAUGUAGCCUAUAACCUGUUUUGGAGAAAUGUAAUCUUGUAAGAGCUUUCAUUGUCUGCUUAUAUGCCCCCUUUAUUUAUCCUACGGUUCUGACUUGACGUACAGGGAGAACACUGUAAGAACAUCCGCUUGUCGUCCCUUUAGUUUGUACAUCUCAAUUGUCAGUAGAAACCAUAUUUGUUUAAGCAAGUCAGCCAUAUCAGCUAUGUUUUUUUUAAAGGCAGUAAAUGAGGCUGAAUGAACUGUUUUGCUGCCAGACAAGGCUCCGCUGAUAGCAAUGUGUAGCAGUGGUAAGGUGUUGGGACUGCUGUUGGGACUCUGCUGCUGCGACAGCUUUAUGUAAGCCCUAACAGUUUGGUGGGCACCAUUUGUCACUGUUAUAGUGCGAUUAAUGUAUUGUUUAGUGUUGUGUUGUGGCUUUGCUGGCAUGCAUCCCAUAAUUUUGUUUUUGGGCCCCACCAAGAUUGACAUGCUAAAAUCACCGCUGUGUCACACCCUGAUCUGUUUCACCUGUCUUGUGCUUGUCUCCACCCCCCACCAGGUGUCUCCCAUUUUCACCAUUAUCCCCAGUGUAUUUAUACCUGCGUUUUCUGUUUGUCUGUUGCCAGUUCAUCUUUUCUUGCCACGUCUUAUCAGCGUGUUUUCCAGUCUCUCCAGUUUCUGUUUUCUAGUUCUCCCGGUACUGACCUUUCUGCCUGCCGUGACCCUGAGCCUGCCAGCCGUUCUGUACCUGCUUGAUUCUGACCUGGUUUAUGAAGUUCUGCCUCUCCUGACCAUGAGCCUGUCUGCCGUCCUGUACCUGUCGGACCGCUGUUCUAGGUUACGACCUCUGACUGGCCCUCCGACCCUGCCCUUUGCCUUGUGCCCCCGCCCCGUAGUUAUUUAUAAAUUAUCUGAGAACUGAACCAUCCCGCUUCCUGUGGUCUGCAUCUGGGUCUUAUCCGGAGUCCGUGAUAGUACGACAUUGGCCAUGGACUGACCAGCCAGACUUAGACCAGCUCCGCAACGCUGUCUCCUUCCAAGGAGCCGCAAUUGGAAGACAUGAGGAAUUACUUCAAAACCUUAUGGAAGGACUCCAGACCUUGGUGGGAUGCCAUGACCAUAAUUUCACUGUGUUGCUGAAGCAAUUCUGCGGAUUACCUACCAGUCAGCAAGCCACAACAGUAACCCACCAGACUUUCAGUUACCCCGCUACCAGUGGCGCUUCUUCCCAGCCUACCCCGCUUACCUCCUCCGGAGCACUACGCUGGAGAUCCAGCGAUAGCCCUAUUUGGUAAAAGACCAAGUCCAUAUUAUGGCAAGAACAGUUCAAAUAAGCAAAGAGAAACGACAGUCCAUCAUUACUUUAAGACAUGAAGGUAAGUCAAUACGGAAAAUCUCAAGAACUUUGAAAGUUUCUUCAAGUGCAGUUGCAAAAACGAUCAAGCGCUAUGACGAACCUGGCUCUCAUGAGGACCGCCACAGGAAUGGAAGACCCAGAGUUACCACUGCUGCAGAGGAUAAGUUCAUUAGAGUUACCAGCCUCAAAAAUUGCAGCCCAAAUAAAUGCUUCACAGAGUUAAAGUAACAGACACAUCUCAGCACCAACUGUUCAAAGGGGACCGUGUGAAUCAGGCCUUCAUGGUCGAAUUGAUGCAAAGAAACAACUACUAAAGGACACCAAUAAGAAGAAGAGACUUGCUUGGCCCAAGAAACACGAGCAAUGGACAUUAGACCGGUGGAAAUUUGUCUGGAGUCCAAAUUUGAGAUUUUUGGUUCCAACCGCCGUGUCUUUGUGAGGCGCGGUGUGGAUGAACGGACGAUCUCCGCAUGUGUAUUUCCCUCCUGAAAGCAUGGAGGAGGAGGUGUUAUGGUAUGGGGGUGCGUUGCUGGUGACACUGUGAUUUAUUUAGAAUUCAAGGCACACUUAACCAGCAUGGCUACCCCAGCAUUCUGCAGCGAUACACCAUCCCAUCUGGUUUGGGCUUAGUGGGACUAUCAUUUGUUUUUCAACAGGACAAUGACCCAACACACCUCCAGGCUGUGUAAGGCCUAUUUUACCAAGAAGGAGAGUGAUGGAGUGCUGCAUCAGAUGACCUGGCCUCCACAAUCCCCUGACCUCAACCAAAUUGAGAUGGUUUGGGAUGAGUCGGACCACAGAGUGAAGGAAAAGCUGCCAACAAGUGCUCAUCAUAUGUGGGAACCAUGUCAAGACUGUUGUAAAAGCAUUCCAUGUGAAGCUGGUUGAGAGAAUGCCAAGAGUGUGCAAAGCUGUCAAGGCAAAGGGUGGCUAUUUGAAGAAUUUUUAAUAUCAAAUAUAUUUUUAUUUGUUUAACACUUUUUGGUUACUACAUGAUUCCAUAUGUGUUAUUUCAUAGUUUUGUUGUCUUCACUAUUAUUCUACAAUGUAGAAAAUAGUAAAAAUAAAGAAAAACCCUUGAAUGAGUAGGUGUUCUAAAACAUUAUACCGGUAGUGUAUAUACACAUCUGGACAUGUACAUAGUGAACUCGUACAGAUUGUAAAUAUGAAAAUAGAAUACAGUUUUAAUUACUUGACCUACCGCUUCCAUGUCAAUAUCAGACUGGGAAGAAUUUACAUUUGUGAUCUCCUCCUGCAAGCGUAGCCAAUUACGUUACACCUUAUUGACAUCUGACUUGAACCAAUCAAUUAGAAUACAUAAACAUUGAAUACAUAUCUCUGCAGUGGAAAGUGGAAACAUAACCAGCCUUGUUACAGAAGCAACUUUGGAUUGAUUUAGGCAGGAAACUCCAAGUAAGUGUCAGGAAUUUUCAAACAUAUAGUUGGGAGAGCUUAUUUGCAGCAAAGGUAAAGGAAUCAAAGCAAAAAAAAGGCAGUGAAAACAGGACAGACUACACAACUAUUGAUUCAACAGAGGCUUCAAAACAGCGAUAUGUGUGACAUUAUAGAAUAUUUUGUGAAGGAAAUACUACCUGCAAAUUUCUUAGCCAAUGAUCUCAUCCACAUUCAAAGUUUAUGCUCUCAAAAUUGCAGUCAGUGCAAGGAUGCCAUGUAUAGCCAGGGUAAAAAACAAAUAGUUGAAGUCAUAUUUCAGAAGUGUUAAGUUUUUUCUCUUCAACCCAAUAAGUAGCACAUAUACAGUUGAUUGUAUUGCAAUGACUGGAGUGGGUGGAGUAAGGAGUCACCAACACUCUGUAUUAAACCCGUUGCCCAGCAUAAGAGACCAAUUUAAGUUUUGCUUUUAUUGAGAAAUUCCAAAAACAUAUUUUUGUAUUUUAUUACAAGUGUAUUUUUUUUAAUAUAGCUUUCAACAUACUAGUGUUUGUGUAAAUGUUUAACAUAAAUAAUUGAUGAUAUGAAUAACACAAUAUUACAAAUAAAAUAUAUCAAAUUAUCAAUUUAUUAAGGUGGUAGCAAUGCUGUGAAAAACAGAUGUACUGCACUAGAGCAGAGUUUACCAAACUCGGUCCUGAAUGGGCAAGACAAAACAUUUAAGUGCCUUUGAACGGGGUAUCGUAGCAGAUGCCAGGCGUACCGUUUUUUGUCAAGAACUUCAACGCUGCUGGGUUUUUCACACUCAACAGUUCCCGUGUGUAUCAAGAAUGGUCUACCACCCAAAGGACAUCCAGCCAACUUGACACAACUGUGGGAAGCAUUGGAGUCAACAUGGGCCAGCAUCCCUGUGGAUGGUUUCGACACCUUGUAGAGUCCAUGCCCUGACGAACUGAGGGAAUAAUAGGUGUUCCUAAUGUUUUGUAUACUCAGUGUACGCUCAAGGAAUCUGAGGAGCAACUUCAUACAAUACUGUACAAAAAUACAAUUAUUGACAGCUCAAAUCUUAUCACACAAAAUCAGCUAUUGGCCUGACAUGGACCUGUCAUUCAUAGCCAGCACAUGCUCCUUCACCAAAAGAGCUCCCCACACAGGGUCCACGAUCAACUUGCCGACUAAACCCAAAGACACACCAAGAUCCUCAAAUACAGCCUCAACUAACCAGUGAACUGCAAACGAUCACUGUACAAAUAGUACAGACAAGCAGCGUUGUGAAAAGGGGGGGGGUUUUACUAAACUAUAUGGAAUUGUUUUAAGAAGGUCAUCAAGGCCCUCAAACUCAACUCUGGACCUUGUAGCCAGUUUUUUCAUUGUUCCCCUCUAAUCAGGGACUGAUUUAGAACUGGGACACCAGGUGUGUGCAAUUAAUUAUCAGGUAGAACAGAAAACCAGCAGGCUCCGGACCUGGUAGGGUAAGAGCUGAGUACCCCUGCUGUAGGCUAUCUUUUGCCAUGUGCUCAUGUGUAGAAUGGGAACACUGGUUAAUCUUGGAAAAAGUUAUAUUUUGAAAUAGAGCUCAUCUCUUCACGUUUGAGAGUUAUUUGGCAAUGGUAAGUAUUUUGGAAACCUCAUCAUCUGAUCUUUCUGAUACUAUAUAUAGAAAUCAAAUAUAUAGAAAUCAAAACUUCUUACCUGCAUGUGACUCUGUAAGAGGAUUUGAAAAAGUCACCUUUUGUCACUAAGGGAAAAUAAUGUCCUCAUAAAACUGCUUAUAACACAGAUUAUGUUCGUUAUAUCGAAAUUUUAACAUACAUGUGUUAAUUAGACUUAUUUAGGAAAAUGCAAGGGGGGGGGGGGGGCAUGUGUGUGGGGGGCAUAAUGCAAGUAAUGCAAAAGCAACUGAAAGUAAUCAGUUUAUGUUACGGAGUUUGGGUAAUCCAAAAAUUAUGUUACUGAUUACAAUUUUGAACAGGUAACUAGUAACUGUAACAGAUUACAUUUAGAAAGUAACCUACCCAACACUGUGUGUGAUACAGUAUAUGUUCACCUCACCCCCCUGGUCUGUGCAUUCCAGACAAGCUGAAGAGCAUCGACCUCACAGGGAACCAGAUCUCUGGGGUGGAUGAAGAUGCGUUCCGCCUCCUGCCACAGCUCCAGAACAUCCUAUUGGCUGAUAACAACCUGCAGGCGCUGCCAGAGCUCCCGCCCACCCUCAGAUACAUCGAUGUGCGCAACAACAGACUGAUCAGCAAUGGACUACACACAGAGGGGUUCAAGGUGCACACACACACAUACGUACACACAUACACGCAAGCGCGCACACACACACACACUAGCUAUAAUUGUGAUGAAUUAUUUGAAGUAAAUGCCAGAAGGCAUUCCUUGUUACCACAUAAUUGAACAGUAAAUAGUUCAAUGAGUUCAAAAAGUACUUGA